AUGAUCCGGCGAGGUGGCGACGGCGAUCUGCUCGGCUCCUCAGGGCGAUGCGCGAGGUUCAGAACUCUAGCAAGUUCAUUAGCACCAGUCGCUGUGAACAUGGGCUUCAAGCGCAGCCCGCCGCCGUUCCUCGCCGUGGCCAACAAGACCAACAAGCAGGUCUUCAGAGGUCUCCUGGGAGUAAACUUCGCCUCUGCAGGAUCAGGCAUUCUCGACACAACAGGGAGCUCCAUCAUCCCGCUGAGCAAGCAGGUGGAGCAAUUCGCCGCCGUGCAGCGCAACAUCUCCUCGCGCGUCGGCAACGGGGCUGCCGCCGACGCCCUGCUGUCGCGGUCCCUGUUCCUCGUCAGCACCGGCGGCAACGACCUGUUCGCCUUCUUCUCGCGGAACAGCACGCCGUCGGACGCCGACAAGCAGCAGUUCGUUGGCAACCUCGUCGCGCUGUACCAGAACCAUGUGAAGGCUCUGUACGUGCUCGGGGCGAGGAAGUUCGCGGUGAUCGAUGUCCCGCCGAUCCGGUGCUGCCCCUACCCGCGGAGCCUGCACCCGCUGGGCGCCUGCAUCGACGUCCUCAACGAGCUGGCGCGCGGGUUCAACAAGGGCGUCAAGGCCGCCAUGCACGGCCUCAGCCUGAGCUUCCAGGGGUUCAGGUACUCCGUCGGGAGCUCCCAUGCCGUGGUGCAGAGCAUCAUGAAGCACCCUCAAAGGCCUGGCAAUGGCACACGGGAAACGAAAAAGUUCAGACGCCCAUACAAGCUCAAGGGCAACUGA